AGUUCGYUGACGGUAGGAAGUGGUGCUGGUGGUGGUGUUUCUUCAGUCAGCCGGCUCCUCUGACAGACAGCAGACUCGAUGGCCCGGGCUGAGGGCUCGCUGCUGCUGCUGCUCGCGCUCGCAGCCUCGUGCCAGGCUCUGCUCGCUCCUCCCACGCUGGAGAUCAACCUGGACGACAAAGCAGAAGUCAGAUGGAUGCCUCUGAAAACAGCCUAUGAUGUCGAUUACCUGAAUAAAGUCGCUGCAGAAAUCGUUGACUCCACAGUUCCAAAAUGGGUACAUAAGGCCGUCAUCCCAAUAGUGAAGGCGCUGGAAAGGUACGUUCCUCAGCCGUACGCCGGGGAGAUCCGAGGCUUGAGCUCAUUCCUCGGAGGAAACUUGGUCGACGUCAUCCUUCUCAACUUUGCCUAUGAGGUCACUGCAUUUUGCACCAGCAUCCUGGCUCAGGACAAAAGAGGGAACGUGUAUCAUGGCAGGAAUCUUGACUAUCAACAUCCUUCUCUGAAGAAUCUGACUGUUAACUUAAUUUUUCGCAAGAAUGGAAAGGUGGCGUACUUUGGAACUUCGUUUGCUGGUUACGUUGGUUUGUGGACGGGACAGAGUCCUUACAAGUUCAGCGUGUCUGGUGACCAGAGAGGAACUGAUCGCUGGUGGAACUGGUGGAAGAAUUUCGUGUCCGCGUUCCUGCUCCGCAGAUCGCCCGUCAGCUGGCUCCUGAGGGAGGCUCUGGAGGAAGCAGAGGACUUUCAGGACGCAGUCAUGCGUCUGUCGAAAACCCCCCUCAUCGCAGGGGUGUAUUACAUCGUGGGCGGGGCGCGAGCCGGGGAGGGGGUCGUAAUCACCCGGGACCGAGCAGGCCCCGUGGAUAUUUGGCCACUGGACCCACUACACGGAGGAUGGUACAGAGUGGAGACGAACUAUGACCACUGGCGUCCAACCCCGCCGUUAGAUCAUCGAAGGGAAGUAGCAUCCAAGGCACUGAACAAUACGGGCCAGGCUAACAUCAACAUGGACCAACUUUAUCAGGUGCUGACGAUGGAUCCAGUGUGUAAUGG